UAGAAGUUUCUUUUCAGUUGAUAAUAUUUUGAACGCUGUUCUUCUUUGUGUUCCGACCUACUAAUUUUUAUCGAUAAUUGCUUUUCUGUUUUGACGCGAGUUUCGCGGGCUUUACUGCAUCUGACGUGUCACGCGUGGCUCUUGCAUCUCGACUUUACGCGUCGUAGGACGUUCUUGUUUAAUCUUGUUAUGAUGUUAGUGGUGUGGUUUCGCAUUAUCCGCUUUAUUGACUUAGCGUGUGGGUGGCUUUUGGUCUCGUUAGGUAGACCUGUGGUGAAGGUAUCGUAACCGGGGCCCCAUAUGACCAUCGUCGUCAUUUAUUGCUUUAAUUGUUCAUGUAUUUUAUAUUUCAUUCUUAUUAACUGCUUUCUAAAUUUAGUUGCUAUUUUUAUGCCAAUAACGUUAUCGUUCACGUUUCCUGUCAGUUUCUUGUCGAUUUAGGCCUUUGGAGCGUUAUCAUAUUCAACCGUUUUACAAUAAACGCGUAUGACAUGGAACAUCUGUGUGCCUAAAUCUGACAAAGUUGAAUAUGACGCAUUUGUUGAAGAAGUCAAAUACUAAAGAAUCUGAAGCAACAGUGGCUUCAUCGUCGACAUUUACGGAAGAAGGCGACUCUGCAGCUGACGAAACGUUCGAGGGCUUGCCAUCCUUAACCACGCUUAGACAAAAGCGUAUCAACACAGAGACUGAGUUUGAAUCAUUGUUGACCAAAAGUCGAAAUUUGAUAAGCGAGAAGGCUCGAAGAUCGCAGCUGGCAUGCCUAAAAACAGAGUUACAUUUUAAACUGGCCGCCUAUAAUCAAAUUAUAUCGAACACAUUACCUCAAAUUCGCAACGCAGAGUCGAAAGCUGCUUUCGAAGAAUGCGUUCAGAAAGUGAUAUCUGAAGUUGAAGGUAUGAACGAUGAAAUUGAUAGUUACAUCGACCGUGAACCUGAAAUAUCGUGCGUGGCUCCUGACGAAGGGAACUCUCAGAUUUCAAGUGAAAGGAUGGAAGAGGACAGCGAUAAUACAAAAAAUCUCCAGCCAGCGUGCGCCAAGCAGUCCGGUGGUGAAAUGGGGGCGGCGACUGACCAACUUCGAGAAUCUAGAGCACGAGAACACGACGAUCGCCGAGAAACACCAACUCUUUUAAAGAGUCCCUUUAUGAGCCACAGGUUCAAUAACUUUGACGAACACGACGUGUUACAAUCAACUCGAAGAAAAAGUGCCCGCUUCGAACCAGAGACUUUUACCGCGUCAGAUAAACGUCGUGAAUAUACGAUUUCUUACACUCCAAGACAUUACCAAAAUCCUUCACCAGCAAACCAAAUGCCGUUGCCAGACCAAUCGGUAGACUCCUGGAUCGAUAAUCUCCAACCAAAUCAAGCAGGAUCCAGAACGCGCGUCAGAGAAGAUGGAGACAAACCGAAGCAAUUUCGAAUCGCUUGUGGAAGCGCUGGCGACGAACGUAUGUACCAAUGCUGAUGACUCGAACAAAUUGGAAAAAAGAGGAAUUUAUUGAUGAUAUCGUAAUUGCUGUAGAUGACGACGUGCCAAGAAGACGUUGGUUACUAGAAAGAGUUACUUUUAACCGUGUGUGUGUAACUACCGUCAAAACAGCAGGUGUGGAAAUAACCAGACUGGUGACGAAACUAUGCCUCCUGGAAAAUGAAUAACCCCUUGGAGGGUUAUUGGGGGCGGCUGUGUCGGCGAUAGAAGUUUCUUUUCAGUUGAUAAUAUUUUGAACGCUGUUCUUCUUUGU